AUGAAGUUCACUCUCUUCACCACCAUCGUUGUCGCCUGUGUUGCCACCCUGGUCUCCGCUGCACCAGUACCAGAGCCUGCCCAGCUUGCUCCCCAAAACGAGGCCCGUGAAGCCAAGGCUGAUCCCCAGUGCCUCCGCCGCUUCUGCGCAUGA